GUUGCAUGAUCGAUUCAAACGCGACGCGUCUCCAAAAAAAUUUUACGAAUUUUUUUUACUUUUCGACCAAAAAAAUAAAAAUUUGCUGAAAAACGCGAAAACCGCAAAAAUCGAUUUUUUCACUCCUUUCCUCCACUUUUUUCACAUCACCCUCUCCCCCCCAAACACCUCUGUCCAUUGCCACCAUCAGCCCAUUGGACUUUUGCACGCUCCAACUCAACUACUCAUCAACUACCACCACCACUGCUAUACAACACACAGCACAGCACAGCACAACCAUGUCCGACUCGGCUGAUUCGUCUGACUCUGAAGUCUAUAUCCCUCGCGACCCUGUUGUGCCUCUUCCCGUCACUGGACCUCGCGAGCGCAAAAAAGUCGAACGUUUCGCUGUCCCUACCACCGAGAGAGUCGAAAAACCCAUUGUUAUUCCCGAGGGCAAAGGUAUCAAGCUCGGUGAGAUCCUAACAGUGAGUGCCAACUUGGACAGAUUGAAGGCGAUCGAUGAGACGGCUCGUGGACUCCAUCGCUUUUUGUUCGGCAAGAACGGCGUUCCCAAGACCCUUAAGGCUAAUCUGCGCGAGUUCAAUGGAUUUGCUGACAUGACAGAAAAAGAAGAAGAGGCCGCAGAAGAGAAACUUGGAAAGUGGACAGUCAAUGGUCUUCGCGAGCUCAUCGAUAUCUUCAACCUUGAGACUGGCGGCGACAAGGAUGCGGUGAUUGAGCGUUUGAUGGUGUUCUUGAAGAAACCUGAAGAUUCUGGACUUGUACCUCGUGUACAAAAGAUUGCACUGGAGGCUAAGGAGAGGAAAGCUAAGAAGCUCGAGCUCAAGAAGGCCAAACUGGCAGUUAAAGCCGAGAAGGCCGCAGCUCUCAAGAAGAAGAAGGCCGAGGCCAAGAAGCUGCUGGCGCAAAAGAAUGCCGAAGCCAAAAAGAACACAAAUCCCAAAAAGUCGAGCACCGAUCCCGCCAAGGUGCUGAAGGUUCGAUCCGCAUUCGAUAUGUACGUCAAAGAACACCAAAAGACGAUCAAGGAGGCACAUCCAGAUGCUUCGCGUGCAGACAUUUACAAGAAGCUGGUCGACAAGUGGGAAGCUGUCAAGGAAUCUGAGAAGACCGAGUACCAGACGAAGGCCGAUGUAGAGAAUGCAAAGAAUGAGAAGAAGAGGGAGGAGGCCAUCAAGGAGGCGAAGAAGAAAGCCAGGGAAACAAAGAGGGUUGAGAAGGAGAGCGCGGGCGCAAAAGAAACCAAAGUCAAAGCCAAUGCCAAGAAAGAGAAGCCUGCUAAGGCUGCUGAGGAGAAGGAGCCAAAGGAGAAGAAGAAGAGAGCCGCCACUGUCGCAGAAGCGAAGACUUCUAAGACACCCAAGGUUAAAACAGCCAAGACUACAACUUCAGAGGACAAGGGAUCUGCAGUUGAAAAGAAGAUCAAGGCUACUAAGGAGAAGGUGGAAGCGGCUGAGAAGGUACCCAAAGAGAAGGCACCAAAAGAGGAGAAGGUAGAGACAUUAACAACGACCAAGAAACAGGAUGCGAAGGAGAAAUCAACGCCCAAGGAAAAGAAGGAGAAGAAGGAAGCCUCUGCCUCCAAGGAAUCCAAGGGCGAUGCCAAGCCUAAGGCCGCGAAGAACGCUGCUCCCAAGACCAAGCCCAUAGAGAGCAAGGUAAGAAACCUUUCGCCAAAUGCAUAGAGUUGGUUUAGUAUCUCUAUUCUUUAUGAAGUUGGCUAAUGCUAAUACUUUCUCCGUAACGACAGGAGGUCGAUGAGUUGGCUGAUGAUUCUGACGAGGCAAAAACGGAGACGACGGCUGCCCCCGCUGCUGCUCCCAAGGAGAAGAAGGCUGGUAAGAAGACGGCUACUCCAAGUGAGGCUGCGCCCAAGGUCACCAAGGGAACCAAGGAGACUAAGGAGACCAAGGAGACCAAAAAGAGUAAGGAUGCAAAGGAUGCAAAGGAGGCCAAGGCGCCAAAGGGCAAGAAGGAAGCUGCUGCCAAACCCACUGCCGCCGCAAGCAAG